AUAAAUAUAUACACACAUACAUCUAUACAUACAUAUUACAUAUAUAUAUAUAUUCACUUACAUUUCAGAAGUUAGAUCGAUUAAUUUAUCGAUCGUUUGAAAUUACAAUAUAUCAAUAUAAAUCAUUCACCAAAAGGAAAAAGCGAUGGAGAAACACAUUAUGGCCGUUAGCAAACGGUUGGUGUUUGUAUUAUUAGUAUCGUUUUUAUGUUCGUGUUCUUUCUGUGGCAGUAACGUGGUCUUACCUGAUCAAAAUCCCGCUAGCUUUAUCACGUCAGACUCCUUAAUUGGGAAUAACAACGGCAGUCAUACCGACCAGUGUGCCCAAGUGAAAAAUAGAUAUGUAAAGAUUAACCAUGGUGACCCCCAACACGUACCUUCUCGACCGACACCCGAAACUGAACUCUCCGUAUGUUUUAACGGUCUGGAACCAGGUAGAACCUGUUGCUCUGGAGCAAUGGAGGAAAUGUAUAUGAAAUUAUCUGAAGGAAUGUUCACAGAUCAUUUGGAAAAGGCUAAUUAUCAGCUUACACAGCUUAUAAAGAACGGCAUAGAAAAUUUUGAAAAUGAUGUUUUGGCCCUGAUUAAAAAUUCAGAAAAAAAUACUAUGGGUCACUUGAGCGAGAUUUACCGAAUCCCUUGGAGUGAGCACCACAAACCAGUGAACAAGCUUUUUGCAAGUUUGUUUGAUUACGUGAAGCAGGGACAAGUUGAAAUUCCCAUCAUUGUAAACGAAUUCUUCGACCAGCUCUUGCCUCUUGUUUUCCGAUAUGCUGUCAAUGAUCCAACGGUGACCAACUACAAAGAAUCACUCAACGAUUGCCUCAUCAAGUUGCGUCGUCAUUUGCACCCACAACCGUUUGGUACCUUCUCUCGUAAAAUGGCUCACGAGCUCUCCACAGUCCUCUGGGCUGCCAGAUCCUACCUUCACGCUCUCUCUGUAGUUUCUGACACCAUAAACGCAACAAACCACCUGGAUACAGAAGAAACCUGCAAGAAAGGAAUUACCCAGAUGUUGUUCUGUUCUCAAUGCAAGGGCCAUGUCGGUGUGAAACCUUGCAAGGAUUUCUGCCAGGAUGUCAUGCACAGUUGCUUCAGCAAACAAAUGGAAGUCAGCUAUGAGUGGGAUGAAAUUGUUCGGUUGUUGCGCCAACUUACUCGCUACAUGGUUGGACCAAGUGGUUUGGAAUCUGUACUCAAAAAUAUCGACAGGGUUAUUUCCGAUGGCAUUAUGAAUGCAAUGGACAAAGCGCCGGAAUUCACCCCAACGAUUCUGGUGACCUGCAAAGAAACUGGAUCUGCACCGGAGAACCAAAAAGUUUCAGUACAAUCUCCAUUGGUGCCCAACAAUAAAAUGUUGAUCAGUGAUCAGGAACCAGUGUCUUCCAUCAGUCUCAAAGACCAAGCCACCCAGCUUCUUUUGUCAUUGCUCAAUAUCCAUGGAGUUUACCGCAAUAUAACCAGUUCCAUCUGCGUUGACUUCAACGUCUCGCAGUCUCCUACACACUGUUGGAAUGGAUCCCAUGUUGCACAAUAUCAGCAGAUAACUUCGAAAUACCACAGUCCCAACAUCCGUGUCAGUUUUGUCAACGACAGAAACAUUAUGUCUCUCAAAGAUAAGUUAUUACACAUUCAGCAGAAUCUAAUAAGCCGAACUGCUGAAGAUGACCAGAUGCAAAACGACGCUUAUGUCUAUCAGGGAAGUGGUGCCAGCAUGAAUACGUAUCGUGAUGAUGAGGACUUCUUUGCUGGAUCUGGUAGUGGCAGUGGUUACACCCCCAAAAAUGUGCAUCCUGAUAGCUCAGCCAGCGAUGGUUUCACCAUAGACAGCACCCCUAGCACAAAUCAGUUCGCACCCAAGCCUAAUGGCAACUCUUCUGCUAGAAGUUUGUAUAAAGCCACUCGCCACCACUGUUUGGCAUUUGCUCUUGCAAUCAUGAUGCUUGCUGUUUCGUAUGGCAGUGGAACUAGUUAUCUCUUCAGCUGAACUUUGGUAUUGCUCUCUCUCUCUGUAUGUGAGACAAUUACAUAACUGACAUCAUGAUCACAUAAAAAAACAACAACAACAACAAUAAUAACUAUUAUUUUCAGCAACUACGAAAAAAAAAUUUUAAAAAUGUUAAAAAAAAGAAAAAAUCAUUAAAAAAAUUAUUUAGUUGGCCACCGUCAAACAAAACCACAGAUGGCAUUUUUCUACCACAAACUAACUAUUAUUACUAGAUUAUUAUUAUUAUUAUUAUUAUUAUUAUUAUUAUUAUUAUUAUUAUUAACGUUAUCAUUAUUCUUAUUACGAUUCUGAAAUAUUAAAAUAUACAUGACGAA